CGAGGCCGAGUUCAGAGAUGGACUAGAGCGUAGUUCGUAGUCUGAAGUCUGGGAUCGGCGCUCUCUCUGAGAAAAGGUUUCUGAGCGGGAACUCAAGCGUGGCCUGCGAGUGCCAAAGUGUGGCCUGGCCGAGCUGGGCGCUUCGAGCUGAGGCUACCGUCAAGAAACAAUGAGUUUAAAACCGUUCACCUACCCUUUUCCAGAGACAAGGUUCCUUCAUGCAGGACCCAAUGUGUAUAAGUUCAAAAUCAGAUAUGGUGACAGUAUCAGAGAAGAAGAAAUAGUGGACAAGGAAGUCAUCAUCCAGGAACUGGAGGAUUCUAUCCGUGCAGUCUUGGCAAACAUGGACAGCCUGCAGCCCUUUGUUACAGAACACUUCACUGUAUUUCCCUAUAAAAGCAAGUGGGAGAGAGUUUCCCACCUGAAAUUUAAACACGGAGAAAUCAUCUUGACUCCCUACCCAUUUGUUUUUACUCUGUAUGUCGAGAUGAAAUGGUUUACUGGAAAUAUGCCUACAGGAAAACCAGCAGAUGGUAGUCCUCUUGAGCUGGACCUAGCUGAGGAGAAAGCAGAAGAAACCACAAUGCGGAAACGAAAAUUUGUGGAGGAGCCCAGCUCCCCUAGCAGGCCAAGACCACACAGGGCCAAGAUAGAGACUUCUAGUGAAGCCUUCAGUAAUCAGAAGCCCCUGAAGGAAACCAAGAGGAACAGGGAAGGAGAAAUCCAGCAAGAAUAUCAGGAUGCCCCAGUUUCUGAUGCCACUGAUGUCCAGGAACAGGAUUCUAAGUUGGAGCAUAGCCUGCCAGGGCUGGUUGUUCCUCCCCUGCAACAUAGCAACCCACCACCAUCCAAAGAACCAGGAUCCAGUGGCUUCUUUGGGUUCCUAAGCACUCUCUUCCCGUUUCGGUAUUUCUUCAGGAAGAGCAGUCAGUGAACCUGCCAGGCCCUACAGCAUGGUGGCAGUGGCGGUGGCGGUAGUUGGUUGGAACGAGGAUUUUCUCUUGCAGCGACUCCACCUGAGCUAUACCAAACAUCCUUUGCUUCCAUUUCUUCCUUUUUCCUCUUCUUUAUUUUUGAGACAAGCAUUAUUGUUAAAUAGCCUAGGCUGGCUUCAAGUGCUCCAUCUUUUUGUCCUGGGUUCCCAGUUACACCACCACACACCAUUCUUUUCUUGUAAUUCCUGGGUUAUGUGGAUGAGGGCACAGACUGAAUCCUCAUAUGAGUUUAUCCUGUUGUUUGCCUUUGUUUUUUACAUAUUUAAAACACUAAGGAUGGGCCUGGAGAGACACUAGUUAAGAGGGCAGACUGCUAUUGCAGAGGCCUGAAUUUGGUUCUCAGUACUCACAUCAAGGGGUUCACAAGAACCUCUAACCAUCAGGAUCUGACACCCUCUUCUGGCCUCUGCAGGCACUUGCACUCCCAAUUACAAUAACAAAACAACACUAAGGGCCUACAAGGUGGCUUGAUGGGUAAAUCAACUGUAGUCAAAGCUAAUAAAUAACCUGAGUUCAACCUCCAUAUAUGUACCAUGACUUGCACAUUCACACAAAAUAAAAUGUAAUUUUAAUAAAAAAUAAAACACUAAGAAUUCCACUGACCCAAGGUUUAAGUCUUUUGUCUCUAAUAUGCAGGAUUCUAAUGACAAUAAUUGUUCAUGAUGGAUUAUUGAUUGGACUUGGUGAAGCAGAGCAUGAGAAAGAACAGAGAAGCAUUCACAGACCUUCUCCCUGGAUCACGGGUUGUUGCUUAGUGAACUACCUAGGAUGCUCACCUAACCUCAGCUCUUACAGUUCUUUACCAGGGGUCAGGGAAUAGGGUCACACAAGGUUCACUAGCUUGAGUCCCACUGCCUCAAAAGGAUUUUCUCAUUUGGUUGGACUCCAAAGGAUAAUGCCUUAAAUGUAAAAUGCUCCCCACCUGUUUAUCCUCUGGUUCCUCCACAAGAACACAAACUGAUUCUUCAGUGUAACUGGAGCCUGUGCAAGUUAGGGCCCCUGGAGAAGGCUAAGGUGCCCAAACCCUUUCUGCAACCAAAGGGCUAAUUAGAGAAGCAUUAUGGAUCUGUGUGGCCUCAGAGAACCAAAAGAAUAAUGGAUGGACAUUUAGGAAAACUCGUUUUAGCUCUGAACAAACGAAUCUGUGUUUUAACUUUUAGUGAAGUCUGAUAUGAGAAUGGAUUACUUGUAGGUAAUGAGCCCUGUCACCUCAGAUCUUUAAACUGUCUGUCACAUGCCAGAGGGCUCCAGAUGGGAAGGAAGCCCAAGGCUAGAAUGCUAAGGUACCUCUGAGUCCCCUUGGCUGCCUCUACCUUUGACAGGGAAAAGGGAGAAGUGGGGUGCUCUGGGGAGGGGCUGGCAUUCAAGGACCUGGGAUCUGGGGAGAAAGACACCAAAAGGCAGCAGGGUGCAGGGAUGAGAGGGUAAGCAACAUGGACACCACCAGUUCCUCCCAAAUUCUGUUUACUACCUUUGUCCUACCAUUCCAAACAAUUUGAAAGUUAUUCUUGAAGGGCACAGCUCCAUCCAAAGCCUGGAGACCUGAGUGCCCAUACUGACUGGGACCAGCUUACCUCUAUGGCCCUUUCUUCUCAUCUGGAAAAUAAAAGGUAGGAUUUGAAAGCUCCGAGUAUCCCUUGAGUUCUGGCAGGCUGUGGACUGCCCUAUUCUGAACCAGGUCAGCGUGGCAGUGAUCUGGGAGGAGCUGCCUGCAACAGCUGUAGGCUUUCUGAGCUGGGCCCUUUCCAACUCAGCUGAGGCCUUUGUUAUUGUGUUUUGUUUUGUUUUGCUUUUUUGUUUAUUGUGGUAUGGGAUUUUUUGUUUUGUUUUGUUUAU